GUUAGUGUUGAAGUUUAGUGUGUUUGUUGACUAGCUGCACAGCUGUAUACAAAAUAGCUUUUCCUUAAUCAAAGAUGACGGAUUUUGAUAAUGUUCAGGACGAAGAUGCCAAAUUGUGUCCAUUUUUUCAACAGCAGAAAGAAGAGUGCUAUAAAUUCUUCGAUGAAUGGACCGAUCCAGAGCAAACGGACUUCAUCCAAUCAUGCCUAGCCAAAAUGUCUCACCACCAGCACAGUCAAAUCAACACCUAUCUUAGACCCAUGUUGAAACGAGAUUUUAUUUCUCUUCUACCAAAGAGAGGUCUAGAUCAUGUUGCAGAGACUAUUUUAUCCUAUCUUGAUGUUGGUUCACUUAGAUGUGCUGAACUAGUUUGCCGCGAAUGGUAUCGUGUUAUAACAGAUGGAAUGCUAUGGAAAAAGUUAAUAGAAAGGAAGGUUAAAGCAUAUCCUAUAUUUGCAGGCCUGGCAAAACGUAGAGGAUGGAUUCGGUACCUUUUCAAGCCAGCUCCCGGUGAGCAACAUCCCAAUCAUCUUUUCUACCGUAGAUUGUUUCCUAAAAUAGUUAGAGACAUCGAAAAUACCGAAAGAAAUUGGAGAGGAGGAAGACAUAAUUUACAACGUAUUAACUGCAGUAGUGAAAGUAGCAGAGGAGUUUACUGUUCACAAUACGAUGACCAAAAAAUUGUCAGUGGUCUUCGUGAUAAUACAAUAAAAAUAUGGGACCGAAAUACACUUGAGUGCACAAAUGUUCUAACGGGACAUACUGGCUCAGUUUUGUGUCUACAGUUUGAUGAUAAAGUAAUUGUAAGUGGAUCUAGUGAUGCUACUGUCAGAGUGUGGAACGUCGAAGGAGGUCAACCAGUCAACACAUUAAUACAUCAUUGUGAAGCCGUUCUUCAUCUACGUUUCAACAAUGGACUUAUGGUCACUUGUUCUAAAGACAGAUCUAUUGCUGUUUGGGAAAUGGUAUCACCAAGUGAUAUAACUUUAAAAAGAGUAUUAGUAGGUCAUAGAGCAGCUGUUAAUGUUGUUGACUUUGAUGAGAAAUAUAUCGUUUCUGCUUCUGGAGACCGAACUAUUAAAAUUUGGAACACUUCUGAUUGUGAUUUCGUAAGAACUCUAAUUGGACACAAAAGAGGAAUAGCUUGUCUACAAUAUAAAGGCAAUUUAAUUGUUUCUGGUAGUUCUGACAACACCAUACGCUUAUGGGAUAUCGAAUCAGGUACAUCAUUACGUGUUUUAGAAGGCCAUGAAGAGCUUGUUAGAUGUAUUAGAUUUGACCAUAAAAGAAUAGUCAGUGGAGCUUAUGAUGGUAAAAUCAAAGUAUGGGAUUUAGUCGCUGCAUUGGAUCCUCGAAAACCUGAUUCAUCUUUAUGCCUCCAAACUCUGAGUAAGCACACAGGCAGAGUAUUCCGUCUACAGUUCGAUGAAUUCCAAAUAGUUAGCAGCUCUCAUGAUGACACAAUUCUCAUCUGGGACUUUCUUGGGCCUGAUGAUGCUUCGCAAGAGACGUUUCUGGGUAACCUUAAUAUAAUAUUCUUUAUUAGUAGUAAUUUAUCAACUAAUUAUUUGUGCUUCACAUCCGAUAGAGCUUGGGAAACUAAGAUGACGGAUAUUGAUACCGUUAAGGACGAGGAUAGCAAAGUACGUCCAUUUUUUCAACAGCAGAAAGAGGAUUGUUAUAAAUUCUUCGAGGCUUGGACCGAUCCAGAACAAACAGACUUCAUUCAAUCUUUAUUAGCCAAAAUGUCUCACCACCAGCACAGUCAAAUCAACACCUAUCUUAGACCCAUGUUAAAACGAGAUUUUAUUUCUCUUCUACCAAAGAAAGGUCUUGAUCAUGUUGCAGAGACUAUUUUAUCUUAUCUUGAUGCUGAUUCACUUAGAUGUGCUGAACUAGUUUGCCGGGAAUGGUAUCGUGUUAUAUCAGAAGGAAUGCUAUGGAGAAAAUUAAUAGAAAACAAAGUUAAAACGGAUCCUUUAUGGAAAGGCCUGGCUAGACGUAGAGGAUGGAUCCGGUACCUUUUCAAGCCAGCUCCCGGUGAACAACAUCCUAAUCAUCUUUUCUACCAUAGACUGUUUCCUAAUAUAAUUAGAGACAUCGAAAAUACUGAAAGCAAUUGGAGGGGAGGGAGACAUAAUUUACAACGUAUUAACUGCCGUAGUGAAAGCAGUAAAGGAGUUUACUGUUUACAAUAUGAUGACCAAAAAAUUGUCAGUGGUCUUCGUGAUAAUACAAUAAAAAUAUGGGACCGAAAUACACUUGAGUGUACAAAUGUUCUAACGGGACAUACAGGCUCAGUUUUGUGUCUACAGUUUGAUGAUAAAGUAAUUGUUAGUGGAUCUAGUGAUGCUACUGUCAGAGUGUGGAACGUCGAAGGAGGUCAACCAGUCAACACAUUAAUACAUCAUUGUGAAGCCGUUCUUCAUCUACGUUUCAACAAUGGACUUAUGGUCACUUGUUCUAAAGACAGAUCUAUUGCUGUUUGGGAAAUGGUAUCACCAAGUGAUAUAACUUUAAAAAGAGUAUUAGUAGGUCAUCGAGCAGCUGUUAAUGUUGUUGACUUUGAUGAAAAAUAUAUUGUUUCUGCUUCUGGAGACCGAACUAUUAAAAUUUGGAAUACUUCUAACUGUGAAUUUGUAAGAACUCUCAGUGGACAUAAGAGAGGAAUAGCUUGUCUACAAUACAGAGAGAAUUUAGUUGUUUCUGGUAGUUCUGACAACACUAUACGUUUAUGGGACAUCGAAUCAGGUACAUCAUUGCGUGUUUUAGAAGGCCAUGAAGAGCUUGUUAGAUGUAUUAGAUUUGAUAAUAAAAGGAUAGUGAGUGGAGCUUAUGAUGGUAAAAUCAAAGUAUGGGAUUUAGCGGCUGCAUUGGAUCCUCGAACACCUAAUGCAUCUUUAUGCUUACAAACUCUAAUCAAGCACACAGGAAGAGUAUUCCGUCUACAGUUCGAUGAAUUCCAAAUAGUGAGCAGUUCUCAUGAUGACACAAUUCUCAUCUGGGACUUUCUUGGACCUGAAGUUCCAAUCAAUCAUUCAUCUCAACAAAACUCAUCAAAUUUAUCAUCUUCUAGAUCAUGCAUUUAUCCCGACGCUCCUGCAUCUAAUCCAUCUCAAUCUUCACCAUCCCGUUCGUUUUUGAACUCGUUCUUAACUCCAUCUAUUUCUCGUGUAUCGCCUUCAAGAUCUAUCUCGAUGUGUCCAGCUUCUAGACCUGUAAACUCUAUCAAUUGUGGUUAUUCUCCUCAAGAUGAACAAUGAAUCAAAUCAUCAUUUUUCCAUUAUUUAAUAUUGGAUACAAAGUAUCUUUUGUGCCCUUUUCCAUUCUAUUACUUGUUCCUUCUGUUUCUGGAUGACUUAUUUAAAUUGGCAAUUCCAAUGACAACCAUUAUGAUAAUUUUGAGCCUCAAAGAGAAGCAGCUUGUUGAAUUAAUUGUAACUCCUUAAUCCUUUUAGCUCUAUGGAUCACAGAAGUUUUCAGUCAAACUUCAAUUAAUCUUGGUUAAUAUUGAUUGCAAUUUCCACCUCCCGUCUAUAGUGUCAUAACUUUUAGGAGCAUGUAAAUUUAUUCAUAAUUUGUUAUGUUGACAGAUUACCCAGUGGCUGUCAAUCUUGCACCAGUAUCUCGUCUCGCGCCCUAACCUUCAUCAUAAUGAGCUAUCACAUUCACACAAUCAUAAACUUCGCGCAUCUAUCUGAAAUCAUUGUUUAAGCCUAACUCGGUUUUGCGUCUCAUUCUCUAUUCAUGUACAGCAGUAAACACCUUUACUACAAUCACUUUUGUUCUUUACCUUAUUCAUUAUCCACAAUCAUAUUUAAGAUAAUAUACCUUUUAUUGUAAAACCUGUCCAAUAACCUGUUUUACGGAAUUAAAAGU